AUGGCCUCACCGAGCAUCUCACCAAUGGAGUCUGUCACUUCAUCAUCAACUCAAUCCACAACUUCUCGCAUCACCUCCUCGACAAAUUCAACACAACCCCAUCUCGCAAGAACAGGCAGCUACAGCCAUGUCUUUCCCUCUCACCAGAACCUGAUCAACGCACAAAACCCCGUUCCAAGCCCCACCACACGAGGUCUCUCAAAAGACACGAAAGCCCUCGCCAGACAACUACUACAGAACAAUUCUAUGAUUCCUGCCAUGCAAGACGAACGUACCCAUCUCUUUGCCAACGGACUGCAGUGGCUUCUCGACACGGCCACGGAGGCAGAAAGAGGGGCCCCUACAUCGACCAGACAAUCUACCCGCGUGGCUCCCUUGACCGAAGAUGCUGUACGAAAACUCGACAAGCACGGCAGACACUCCCGUAUCAAGGAAGUCCAAGACAACGGGAGUGUGGCCAGUUCGAAGGUCGACAGGGCACGCAUAAACGCGUGGGUCUCGGAGACAGACACUGCUCCCUGA